CGGAGCGGACCAAAAUCCCAAACAAGGAAAUGGUGGGGGAAUAAAGCGAUCAGAUUAUUUAAUUAAUGCAUGUAAUUAUUAAUAUUUUAUUUUGUUGUAAAUUAAGAACUAUUUAUGGGUGACAAUGGAUUACGACUUUAAAACGAAGCUGGCGGCCGAGAGAGAGAAAGUGGAGGAUCUGUUCGAGUAUGAAGGUUGCAAAGUGGGUCGAGGCACCUACGGGCAUGUUUAUAAAGCGAAGCGCAAAGACGGGAAGGAUGAGAAGGAGUAUGCACUGAAACAAAUCGAAGGUACUGGAAUAUCGAUGUCGGCGUGCAGGGAGAUUGCGCUGCUCCGAGAGCUGAAGCACCCCAACGUGAUCGCCCUGCAGAAAGUGUUCCUGUCCCACAGCGAUCGUAAGGUGUGGCUCCUCUUCGACUAUGCCGAACAUGACCUCUGGCACAUUAUAAAGUUUCACCGUGCCUCAAAGGCGAACAAGAAACCCAUGCAGCUUCCUCGAGGAAUGGUGAAAUCGCUGCUCUACCAGAUACUGGAUGGCAUUCACUAUCUCCACGGCAACUGGGUGCUGCACAGAGAUCUGAAACCAGCAAAUAUCCUCGUCAUGGGGGAGGGCCCCGAACGUGGACGAGUCAAAAUCGCGGACAUGGGAUUUGCCCGGCUUUUUAACUCUCCCCUCAAACCCCUGGCGGACCUGGACCCCGUGGUGGUGACCUUCUGGUAUCGUGCACCGGAGCUGCUUCUUGGGGCGAGACACUAUACCAAAGCUAUAGACAUCUGGGCGAUCGGCUGCAUCUUUGCAGAGCUGCUGACGUCUGAGCCCAUCUUCCACUGUCGCCAGGAGGACAUCAAGACCAGCAACCCCUUCCACCACGACCAGCUGGACAGGAUAUUCAGUGUGAUGGGCUUCCCAGCAGAUAAGGACUGGGAAGACAUUCGGAAGAUGCCGGAAUACCCCACACUCCAGAAGGACUUCAGGAGAACGACGUAUGCAAACAGUAGCCUCAUCAAGUACAUGGAGAAACAUAAAGUAAAACCAGACAGCAAAGUUUUUCUAUUGCUGCAGAAACUCCUCACAAUGGACCCCACCAAACGGAUCACCUCCGAACAGGCUCUACAGGACCCAUACUUCCUGGAAGACCCACUGCCAACAUCUGAUGUGUUUGCUGGAUGUCAGAUACCCUACCCAAAAAGAGAAUUCCUAAAUGAAGAUGAACCAGAAGAGAAAACGGAGAAGAACCAGACGCAGCAGCAGCAGCAGCAGCAGCAGCACCAGCAGACGACAACGCAGACCCAAGCUCAGACGCAGCAAACGGCCGCCCAGCAGGCGCCAUCUCAGCAGAGCUCUGCGCAGACCAACGGCACUGGGGGAGGAGCAGGGACCGCAGGGACAGGGGGUCUGCCUCAUGGCCAGGACCAGGGGCCUCCCAACAAGAAACCUCGCAUCGGGCCCUCUGGGGCCACCUCAGGCACUGGAGUCAUGCAGUCCGAGUACCAGCACUCCGGCUCCCGUCUUGGUUACCAGGCCAAUGUCCAAGGCUCCUCCCAGUCCCAAAGCACCAUGGGAUAUUCCUCCUCUUCCCAGCAGAGUUCCCAGUACUCCCACCAGUCACACCGCUACUGAGGGCCCUAGCAGGGGCGGCACCCUCGCGCCUUCUGUCCAUUCCUCCCACUACGGAAGCCUCCCAGCCCACGGCCCACUGUCCUGUAGGCCUAACCCUACCGUCUCCCUUCCCUUGCCCUGACUCAGGGCUUCUGCAAUAUGAAGGCAAACUCAACAUAGGAACCAAAAAAAAAAAAAAAAAAAAAAAAACCCAAAAAACAAACCCUCUCUUACCCUCAACCCUGAGGGUGGUGAAAGAUUUUUUUUUUUUUUUUUUUUU